AUGAGCAACAAGGAAUUAAUUAAAGGGGUUCUUCAAUUAGACCCAUGGUUGGAACCAUUUUCCCAACCAUUGAUAGACAGACAGGUCAAGUUUCGCGAGUGGUUAUCAAAUCUCGAUUCGAGUGAAGGUUCCUUGUCACAUUUUGCCGAUUCCUACAAAACCUAUGGAUUGCAUGCCACUUUGAAAGGUUACAAAAUUGUCGAGUAUAUCCCCGACGUUGAACAAGUUAGCUUGGUGGGCGAUUUCAAUAAUUGGAGUAUCGAAGCUCAUCCAUUGAAGCAGGUUAAUAAUUUCGGCCGUUGGGAAUUGGAGAUUGAAGGGGCGGGUAUUAUCCCACAUGAUUCAAGAUACAAGAUUGCUAUGAAGUUGCCAAGUGGCGAAUGGAUUUAUCGAUUGGACCCUUGGUGUAAGAGAGCCACUUUUAACAAAGAUGAUAAUUUGUAUGAAGGUAGGUUUUGGAACCCUCCAGCAUCUGAAGUUUAUCACUUCAAAAACAAGCGACCAGUAUUGACUCAAGGUAUUAAAGUUUACGAAGCCCAUGUUGGUAUUUCGACACCCGAGCCCAAGAUUGGCACUUAUAAAAAUUUCACGCAAAAUAUUUUACCCAAAAUUCGUGAAUUGGGGUAUAAUACUAUUCAACUAAUGGCAAUUAUGGAGCAUGCUUAUUAUGCAUCGUUCGGUUAUCAAAUUACCAGUUUCUUUGCCGCCAGUUCAAGAUACGGAACACCAGAAGACUUGAAGGAAUUGAUUGAUACGGCUCAUGGAUACGGAAUCAGAGUCUUGUUGGAUGUUGUUCACUCGCACAGUUCGAAAAAUGUAGCUGAUGGAUUAAAUAUGUUUAACGGAACCGAUCAUUACUUGUUCCAUGGUGGCGGAAGAGGGAACCAUGAUUUAUGGGACUCUCGUUUAUUCAACUAUUCAAACUAUGAAACAUUGCGAUUCUUGUUGUCGAAUUUGAAAUUUUAUCUCGAUGUGUAUCAAUUUGACGGGUUUAGAUUCGAUGGGGUUACUAGUAUGUUGUACAAACACCAUGGAUUGAGCUUUGGAUUCAGUGGAGACUACAACGAGUACUUUAACGAAGAAUGGGCUGAUAAUGAAGCUAUUGCUUAUUUGAUGUUGGCCCAUCAAUUAAUGAAAGAAGUAAGUAAAAAAGACCAUAUAGAAAUCACCUCCAUUGCUGAAGAUGUUUCGGGAAUGCCUACAUUAUGUCGUCCAAUUGACGAAGGUGGAAUUGGCUUUGACUAUCGGUUAUCUAUGGCUAUCCCUGAUAUGUGGAUCAAGAUUUUAAAACACCAAAAGGAUGAAGAUUGGGACCUUGGUAACAUUGUUCAUACUUUAACCAACCGUCGUCAUGGCGAGAAAUGUAUUAGUUACUGUGAAUCCCACGACCAAGCAUUAGUUGGAGACAAGACCUUGGCUUUUUGGUUGAUGGAUAAGGAGAUGUACACCAACAUGUCCAAGCUUAGUGAAUUAACUCCAGUAGUUGAUCGUGGAUUGGCAUUACACAAACUAAUCCGGUUGGUAACUUUUGCAUUAGGUGGAGAAGGGUAUUUGAAUUUCGAAGGUAAUGAGUUUGGUCACCCUGAAUGGUUGGAUUUUCCCCGUGCUGGAAAUGGGGAGUCGUACCAUUAUGCCAGAAGACAGUUUAAUUUAAUUGAUGAUGAUUUGUUACGAUACAAAUAUCUUUUUGACUUUGAUUCAGCUAUGCAACAUUUGGAUGUAUUGGAUUCGCCACAGGCCUACGUAUCGUUGAAACAUGAGCAAGAUAAAGUAUUGGUUUUUGAAAGAAAUGGGUUAUUAUUUAUUUUUAACUUUAGCCCCACACAAUCUUUUACCGAUUACAAAGUCGGAGUUGAAGCUGCCGGUAAAUAUGAGAUCGUUUUGAAUUCAGACGAGGCAAGGUUUGGUGGCCACGAUAGAAUACAAGAUCCUGUGCCUGGUAAAAAGCAAGAAUUUUUCACAAACAAUGACGCCUGGAAUAAUCGGUCUAAUUCAUUGAUGGUUUACAUCCCAAGUAGAACCGCCAUUGUUUUGAAGAAGGUAGAUUAA